CUUAACUAGCUUAUUACUAACUGAUAAACAAAAAUAUUUAAGAAAAUUCUUUUCUGUUUUUCUUUUUUGCCUUUUAUUAAACUCUGAGAGCCAAAGCCAACGCCAUCUCUCAUCAGUAUUAGAGAGUAGAGAAACAGAGCACGUUGAGAGAAAGUGGUAUUCCAACGUAGAAAGCACACACAGAGAGAGAGAGAGAGAGACAGGAAACAAAAACAAAGUAUGCUUUUUUAGAGUGCACUUUCUCUGUUUCUUUGAUUAAAUCUGUCUCUGCUCUCUUGGUUUUUUUUUUUUUUUUUUUGGGUUUAUGGAUGUGAAUAGACCCUUAUGGUUGCUGCCGUUUUGGAGCUAACUCUCUACAGGGUUUACUUCAAGAUUCUGUCAACAUUUUUAGACUACUAAUAGCAUCUUUCUCAACAAAUCUGCAACUCUUUGAUACAAUUGUGAGCCGACCAUGUAAGCGUGUUUGUCAAGAAGGGGCUGACUGGUUUAAAUGCCUGCCUAGCUAAAUCAUCAUCAAGAGACCAAUUCUUGUCUUCCUUGAACAAGGACGAGUUUUCUACUAGCAACUUCAAUGGCUAAAGUUUGUUGGCCCUACUUCGAUCCCGAGUAUGAGAAUUUGAGCACUAGAAUCAAUCCUCCAAGAGUAUCAGUUGAUAAUACUAGCUGCAAUGAGUGUACUCUAAUAAAGGUUGACAGCAUGAACAAACCAGGAAUUUUGCUGGAAGUGGUGCAAAUUCUAACCGAUCUUGAUUUCAUCAUCACCAAGGCUUACAUCUCCUCAGAUGGAGGAUGGUUCAUGGAUAUAUUUCAUGUCACUGAUCAACAAGGGAAGAAGAUUAUUGAUAGUAAAACUAUUGACUACAUAGAGAAGGCUCUAGGACCGAAGGAGUACAACAAAGAUGAGUUGAAGACUUGGCCAGGAAAACGAGUCGGAGUGCAUUCUGUUGGUGAUUACACAGCCAUUGAACUCAUUGGCAGGGACCGUCCAGGUCUCUUAUCUGAGAUUACUGCUGUUCUUGCCAACCUUCACUUCAAUGUGGCUGCUGCUGAAGUUUGGACGCAUAAUAGGAGAAUAGCUUGUGUUGUUUAUGUCAAUGAUUAUACCACAUGCCGUCCUGUUGAUGAUCCGACCAGAUUAUCUGUUAUGGAAGAGCAGCUUAAGAACAUUUUACGCGGGUGUGAGGAUGAUGAGAAAGCUUCUCGCACUAGUUUCUCCAUGGGGUUCACGCACAUCGACCGCAGGCUCCAUCAAAUGUUUUUCGCAGAUAGGGAUUAUGAAGGUGGAGGAGUGACAAAUGAGGUUGAAUAUCCUUCUUCCUUCAAGCCAAAGAUCACAGUUGAGCGUUGUGGGGAAAAGGGGUACUCAGUAGUUAGUGUUUGUUGCAAAGAUCGAGCCAAAUUGCUGUUCGACAUUGUGUGCACUCUUACAGACAUGCAAUAUGUUGUUUUUCAUGCCACAAUAUCAUCUGAUGGCCCCUAUGCAUCACAGGAGUAUUACAUCCGUCACAUGGAUGGUUGCACACUUGAUACUGAAGGUGAGAAAGAAAGAGUUAUUAAAUGUCUCGAAGCUGCCAUACGCAGAAGAGUAUGCGAGGGGCUGAGCUUAGAGCUCUGCGCAAAAGAUAGAGUAGGGUUGCUGUCUGAAGUAACAAGAGUUCUGCGAGAGAAUGGAUUAUCUGUUACAAGGGCAGGUGUGACGACAGUAGGAGAGCAAGCAAUGAAUGUAUUCUAUGUGAGAGAUUCUUCAGGAAACCCUGUGGAUAUGAAGACUAUUGAAGCUCUUCGCAAAGAAAUAGGGCACACCAUGAUGCUUAAUGUGAAGAAAACUCCCGUUAGUGCUAGUCAACCUGAAGCCAAAGGAUGGGCCAAAACCAGCUUCUUCUUUGGUAACCUAUUGGAAAGGUUCUUGGCUUGACAAAAUAUGUCCAUAUGAAUGUAUAACAGAAACUAUAUGAACAGUAUAGAACAAUAAAAUAUGGGCAGAAAAGGCUUGUCUUCAGUGUAUACUUUGUGUAAUGCAUGUAAAGCAUAUAAGUGCUUGCAAAGUUAAUGAAGUUUGGACUUCGUGAACAUCA